AUGGUACUCCAUAACCCUAACAACUGGCAUUGGGUGACCAAGGAUGCCGGUCCAUGGGCCAAAGAAUAUCUAGAGACAGAGAUCAAAAAGGCUUCAGCUGAAGAAGAUGGCGUUACCGCAAAAAUCACCAAGCUUGUCUCUCUGGACGGUGAUGUUGAAGUCAGCCAGAGAAAAGGCAAGGUCAUAACCAUUUACGAUGUUUCCUUGCAAUUAGAAUAUGAGGGAAAGACCAAAGAAGGCAUCGAUGUCAGUGGUAGCAUCAAAGUUCCAGAAUGCGCAUAUGACACCGAGCCUGAGGAGUACGUUUUUGAGAUCGAUAUCUACUCUGAACAAAAGGAGAAGCAACCAGUGAAAGAUCUCGUCCGAUCACAGCUUGUGCCUCAACUUCGAAAAAUCUUCUCUACUCUAACCCCUGCGCUCGUUGAAGAGCAUGGAAAGGACUUGCAACACGCUCCUGGUUCCAAUCCCUCAAGUGGAUUUGCCACACCCACAUGGCAUCCACAAAAGGAACGUACUCCAACAUCCGCCGCUCAAGUCACUACAUCCACUUCUGCAAGCUCCUCAAUCAACACAACCACCGUCAGUGCCACAGAUGAAUUCCGCACAAGUGCUGAAGAGCUCUUCACGACUUUCACUGAUGCACAGCGUCUUGCUGCUUUUACGCGCGCACCACCUCGAGUCUUUGAGGGUGCCAAAGUUGGUGGAAAAUUCGCCAUCUUCGACGGAAAUGUCACCGGUGAAUUCGUCACUUUAGAUGCACCCAAGAAAUUGGUGCAAACUUGGAGACUUGCACAGUGGCCUGAGGGACAUGUUAGCACCCAGGAGAUUGUUUUUGAUCAGAAUGAUGUGGAUCGAGUGACCAAUUUGCGGGUCACUUGGACUGGAGUACCUGUUGGACAAGAAGAAGUGGUACGUCGCAAUUGGGAGGGUUACUACGUUCGCAGCAUCAAACAGACAUUUGGCUUUGGAAGUAUUCUAUAG